CCCAAAUCCUUCUGAAGCAUUGAAGGUUCGAGAUUUUUCCAGAUACAGUUUGUUAGCGAAAGCCCAAUUAGAUUUCCCGAGAAACUACCAGAAUCGUUCUUCUGCAUCCUAUAAAUAAUCAAACCCAUCAGCCCUAAUCCCACAAUCGACAAUAAGAAGCAGUUCAGUUCUGAAUUACUUUCUCAGCGAUCUAUCAAUCUUUUCUAAGCGAUAAACAAAUUGGAAAUGGCUCUGAUUCCAAGUUUCUUCGGUAACUCAAGAAGCAGCAUUUUCGAUCCUUUCUCUUCUUUCGAUGUUUGGGAUCCAUUCAAAGACUUUCCUUUCCCUUCAUCUUCUUCGAUCGUCUCUCGUGAAAAUUCUGCUUUUAUCAACACUCGCAUAGACUGGAAAGAGACAACCAGAAGCUCAGAAGCUCAUGUAUUCAAGGCUGAACUUCCUGGGCUUAAGAAAGAGGAAGUGAAGGUUGAGAUUGAAGACGACAGGGUUCUUCAAAUCAGCGGAGAGAGGAAUGUGGAGAAAGAAGACAAGAAUGACACUUGGCAUCGUGUGGAGCGUAGCAGUGGGAAGUUCAUGAGGAGAUUCAGGCUGCCGGAGAAUGCAAAGAUGAAUCAAGUAAAGGCUUCAAUGGAAAAUGGAAUUCUUACUGUGACUGUCCCUAAGGAGGAAAUCAAGAAACCUGAUGUCAAGGCUAUUGAGAUUUCCGGUUGAGCUAUUAUUUCCUCUAAACUUA